CUUUUGAUCCAACACCAAAAUUAAAAUCUAGUCUUAUACCAAUUAAAUUUUUUUCUUUUAAUACGGCUGAUGAAAAUUGUGUUUAUUGUGAAGAAGAAUAUAGUAGGAAGCUUUUUUGUCCUUGGAAAAAAUAUUGUAAAAAAUGUUACGUAUCGCAUUAUGAUAGUACAAAUAUUAUGAUGUGUGUACAUUGUAAAAAGUCGUCGCAAGGAACUUGUGGGAAUUGCGUGAAAACUUUAAAUUUUAUGCAUAGGAAAUAUUCCCAUUAUUGUAAUUUAUGUAUUAAGCCAUUUCAAACAAAGGAUAAUUUUGUAUUAUGCUCAAAUUGUUAUCUAAUUUCAUUUGAAUGGAUAGAAUCAACCUUGUUUAAAAAGCAAAUUCUAAUUCUUUACUUACCAUGGUGGCAUGACAAUUCUAAUUGUGAUUUAUGUCAUUCUGAGUUAACAUUUACAUCAGAUUGUCAAAAGUAUUGUGGGAAUUGUCCUAUGUUUUAUACCGGAUGCAGAUAUUGCUUAACAACAAACAUAAUUUUUGGACUUACAGGUCAAACCACAUGCAAAAAAUGUAAAAGAAUAUCACUUAUUAUAGACAGGAAUGUAUUUGAUGAUUUCUUUCUUGAUGAUAUUUCAUAUGGCAACAUUGAUAACUUAAAUUUAGAGAUUGCAAAUAUUAUAAAAAGCAUUGAUAGGGUUUUUGAACCAUUAACUCUAUUAUAUUCUAUUUUUAAAAAAAUAAAGAUUGCAAUCCCAGUUAGGUCGAUACCAUAUUCUGAAUUUAAAGAUGUAAAAGAAAUAACAAAAGGAGGAUAUGGUAUUAUAUAUAAAGCAACUUGGUUAAAUAAUAAUAAAACUGUCAUUUUAAAAAGAUUUGAAAAUUCUAAAAUUAAUAAUAAAUAUUUCUUAAAUGAGUUAAGAUCAAAUCAACAGUGUUUUAAUAAAUUUGAUAAUUAUAUAAUUAAAACUUAUGGUUUUACAAGAGAUCCUGAAUUAGAAGAUUAUACAUUAAUUAUGAAGUAUGCGCCAGAAGGAGAUUUACAUAAGUAUCUACAAAAGAAUUUUACAAAUAUUACAUGGAAUAAUCAAAAACUAUUUAUUUUAUUGCAAAUUACAGAAGGACUUGAAUAUAUUCAUAAAAAUACAUUUGUACAUCGAGAUUUCCAUAGCGGAAAUAUAUUACUUGAUAUAAUUCAAUGGAAAAUUGGGGAUCUAGGAUUAUCACAAUCUACAAAUGGCGAAUCAUCAAAUAAUGAAAUAUACGGAGUUAUACCCUAUAUUGCACCAGAAAUAUUUAAAGGGUCUGCAUUUUCUAAAGAAACUGAUAUUUAUAGUUUUGGCAUGGUUAUGUGGGAACUUACAACAGGUUGUAAACCUUUUGCUAAUGUUGAACAUGACCAUAAUCUCAUUUAUAAAAUUCUUGAUGGAGAACGACCAAAAAUUACAGAAGAUACACCAGAAUGUUAUGCCACUUUAAUGAAAAGUUGUUGGGACCCUAAUCCAAAAAAAAGACCUUCUAUAAAAGAAAUUUAUUCAAAUUUACGUAAGUGGUCUUAUAAAUACGUAGCAGAAUUUGAACAAGCUGAAGUAAAAAGAAACAGAUUGAUAGAAUCAAAGAUGAUUGGUCCUGAAUUUGCUGAAAAAUGUCACCCGGAAGCCAUUUAUACAAGUAGACCAUUAAGUGAUAUAAUUUCUAAAUGUUCAUCCAUUAAUUCAUCCUCAGCAAUUUCAUUUUGCGAUAAACAAGGUAUUGCUAAAAGAGUUAAUUGCAAUUGA